AUGAACUUGCUUGAUCUUCCCGGCGAAAUCCGCCAAGAAAUAUUCAAAUUGAGAAUACAGUCCCCAAGUGUGCCUGUAAACCCAUCACAGAGUCAGGAUGGGCGACAUCAGCUGUCACGGGAUGCCUUUGAAGGCGGGGGAAUUUGGCUGCUGCAGCCUCAAAACCCUGCCCUUGGUCUUUUAUUGGUGAACAGACAAAUCCAUGAGGAGACCAAAAGCAUCAUUGAUAUAAUACCCAGCACUUACGACCUCGAUGUCAUGUUUAUCAAACACCACGGAUUGUGGACCACUUGGUCUCUUCCCAAGCUACCUAAAACACACUACAUCGACCAUGUGCACGUCACGGUCCGCAUUUUUGACCCGGCCGAUGACCUUGACCCUCGUUUUCAGAAGAGCCUCAGCUUCCGAGGCGGUGAUGGUGGACCUGAACUUGCGGUGUGGUCGUUUUAUCACCUUCUCGGCACUCUUAUCAGCAGAGGCCCAGGCUACAUCGGGCAUGGAACUAAAUCGGAAUGCACUGCGCCUUAUAUCAUCAGAGCAAUCGAUAUCGAUAUCCUGAAACCAACUGAUGGUGCAAAUCACAAGAGUAUGGUCUGCACAGACAAAGAAUUCGAAAGAAGGAAGCCUCGAGUUAACAAGGCCUGGUUACACAACGACGCUUCAAAGCCACCCGAAGAACGACUGGCCGAGUACAUGAUUAGUAACAUGGACCUUUGUCUCUGUCUUGGUCGUCACACUGGUUCUUACGCGAUGUUUGUUUUUGAGAACGUGACGGAGAUCAUCAGAUUUCGGACUAACGGGAAAGAAUUCAAAGUAUUUGACUUGAGGAAGAGACUUGAAGCACACAAAGAGGCCUAUUUAGGUAGCCCUCCUCCUGUGUCUGAUAACCAAAAGCGGAUCUAUAAGGACUGGGUCGUGUAUGUUGAAGAUAGACGAGCACGUAUGGAGAAGGGUCUGGAGCCAGAUCAUGACCGACCCGAAGGAGGAUGGUGGAGAUGGAGUGAGAAUGACAUGUUCUAG